GCAUUUUUAGGUUAUUUGUUUGUAAACAUCGUGCAGAUUUUUAAAUAAUGUCCUCACAAUCGCAAAUCGUGUACAAAUGUGGUUAUUGUGGAUAUUUAAUAAAUAGUUACUGUGAUAACUACAUGGAUCAUGAAUGUUUUAAAGAAAUAGUUGAAUCCGCCAAUGUAAAAGAAAUCGACAAAUGGAAUUUGUGUGCUAAUGAUCAAAAUGUUUUAACUUUGGAACCUACAAGUGUGGAUAACGAAAACCAAAUCCCGGUCGAAGAAUUGCCAACGCCUGCAGUAAAUCAAAUCAAUGACGAGUUAUUAAUUUCUUUGGUAUAUGCACGUAAACCGUUGUGGGAUUUCAGAACUCCCGUGCAGGAAAGGCAUGGUCUCAAACUAAAAAAGUUGUGGGAAGAAGUUGCAGUACUAUUGGGAGGCCAGUUAAUUGAUGCAGUAAAAAAAAGGUGGAGGCAGCUGAGGGACGAUUUCAUGAGGGCCAGAAAAAAGCACAAAACAUAUGUUCCAAGUGGUUCUGGAGCAGAUCAUUUACCCCCACAGCCUACCUUUAAAUACUAUGAAUUGAUGAGAUUCCUAGAUGAUACUGAAAAUAUGACAACUAUUUCAAAUGUAAGCUUGGGACCAUCAACAUCUAAUAGUGGUGCUGAAAUCAUCCCAUCCGGAUCACCAUCACCAAGCCUGUCCUCACACUCUGUCGGAAAUAAAAAAAAGAGAGUAUCUGAAGCUCGAUCUGAAGGAUAUGAAACUGAAAUCCAGAAGGAAAUAUUAAAAGUAAUGCAAGCUCCAGAAAGUAAACCAGAUGGAGUGGAUGGGUUUUUAGUUUUGCUUGGGGAAGGUCUUAGGAGAUUACCAUUAAGAAAUAGAAAUAAACUACAAAUAAGAUUCCUUCAAUUAUUGGAAGGGGAAGAAAGUAUUUUGAAUAAUGAAUAA